AUGGUCUUCUUCGUGUGUGAAGAUUGCAACGAGACGCUGAAGCGCUUGAAGGUCGCGCAGCACCUGUGCAGAUGCAGCUGCUCGGCCAUAACAUGCGUCGACUGCGGCGCGACGUUCCACGACGACUCCUACUUGCAGCACGCGACGUGCAUGAGCGAGGCGGAGCGCUACGAGGGUAACUUGUACAAGGCGCCGAAGAAAAAAACGGCUCAAGACGCGUGGGCGGAGCUCGUGCAGGCGGCCUGCGCCGACCGCAGGGACGCGCCGCCCGCCGCGGCCAAGCUGCUGCCGCGCCUCCAAGGCUUCGAGAACAUCCCGCGGAACCAGAAGAAGUUCUGCAACUGGGUGAAGAACUCGCUCAAUUUACGAGGCGGCGACGCCGCCGCCGUCGACGCGCUCUGGGCGUAUCUGGUCGCGCGGCGCGACGCCGCGCGCGCCGAGGCCGCGCCCGCGCCAGUCGCUCCGGUGCCUGCGCCAGUCGCUGCGCCGCCGGCAGAGAAGAAAAAGAAGAAGAAGAAGCGAGCGCGUGACGACGAGACGCCUGAAGAAAGGAAGGCGCGCAAGCUCCGCAAGAAGGCCAAGAAAGCAAAAAAGAAGGCCGCGUAA